AUGCUUAGCAAGCUUAGAGUUGCAUCUUUUGUGCUUUUGGUAACAGUUUGUGGUGUCUUCUUAGUUAUUACAGACUGGAGUAACUCUUUAAUUUCUAAUCAUAAAAGUUUAGUUUCGUUCAUAAGGAACAAUAUCAUCACAACACAGUAUAAAAACAGAAUAUUUACAAGUACGAACGAAAACAAUGUUACAUUUUUCUUCAAAACUAAAGAUUUGGUACGGGAUUAUAAAGUCGAUCUAAACGAUGAGGACGUGUUUGUGUUCCUGCAUAUUCAAAAAACAGGAGGCACUCACUUCAAGCGUCAGCUGAUGAGCUCAUUGUCCAGUGUUCCUCCCUGUAGGUGUCAGAGCGGUGCCUUGUGUGAGUGCUGGGCAGAGGGCAACAGGACCUGGUUCUUUGGCUGGUUCACGCGCGGACAGAAGUGUGGUCUACACGCCGACUGGACGGAGCUGACCGCCUGCGUUGACCCGUGGUUUGUGGAGCAUGAGCCGAACAGAACUCAAAGAAACUACCACUACCUGACAUUCUUAAGAAAUCCCGUUUCAAGAUUUCUCAGCGAAUGGCUGCACGUCAGAAGGGGAGCCUACUGGCCCAAGAGAUACAAGUGUAACCAACGGUACGCGACUAGAGAGGAGCUUCACCUGUGUGCUGAUGGUGGCCCAUGGCGGAAUGUUUCCUUUGAUGACUUCAUUAGUUGCAAGUACAAUUUAGGAUUUAACAGAAUGACCCGAAUGUUGGCCAACCUAUCACUCGUCAACUGUUACAACAGAACCGGACUCAGUGACCGUUACAUCCGUGAGACUCUACUAAAAAGUGCCAAAGAAAAUCUUCUAGCCAUGGAUUACUUCGGCCUCACAGAACAACAGGAGGCAUCUCAGUUUUUGUUUGAAACAACGUUUAGCCUGUCGAUAGACAGGAAGCUGCGGAGUUCGCCCGUCACACGUGCGACAAAUGUGACCGUGACACCGGAAAUGCGAGAUACGGUAGUUGCGAAGAAUCUUUUAGAUGUGGAGCUGUAUUCAUUCGCUGCGGAGCUUUUUAGGCAGAGGGUCAGACUUAAAGAGAAGGAAUUAGGGGUGACAACUCAGCAGUAUUUUAAAAAGAUGGUUAACCGGCUAACUGUGUUACCCAGGUUUAAGACCCUGUAA